AUGUCUGCCAUCAACUCACUCCACUUCAACUUCAAGGGGAAGAACUACAUGGUCCCCGAGAGUUUCGUGACGAAGGAGCACCCGGGCGGCAAGGCCGUCCUCAUGGCGCUGGUAGACAAGGACAUCACGGAAGCUUUUGAGGAGGCCGGCCACUCAAAGGACGCCAUGGAGAUGCUGGAGGAGUGGUGCGCCGACGUGUCCGCGACGGAGAAAGCCGAUCUGCUGAAGCGCGCUGAGGCGCGCCACGCCGAGGAGGAUGAGUGGCGUUGGCGCAGCACCGCGAUUGCCUUCAGCGUGGCCGCUGUUGUGGCUGCCGUGGUACUUCGCAAGAGCUCGUAG